AUGGACAAUCCGGAACUAAGUACCCAAUUCAAGAAUGGGGAUGACGUCCAUUUCGACUAUUCAAAGGAGUCUAACCAAGAGGCUUAUACGAUACAAGAGAGCCUGACUGCGAGCAAGAAAAAGAAGAAAAAGAAGAAGAAGAAGAGCAGGAAGACCACGGAUAACAAUCCGCAAUUCUCACUAUCCAAUGCAAGCCUAAACGAUCCUGAUGCCGAUUAUCCUCAGUCUCGAGUUAUAAAGGUUGACUCCAAUGGGGAUGUUAUCGUUGAAAGCCUAGAAGACGAAUAUCCUCCUGAAUCCACUUUCAAAACGCUCUCGAACGAGAGACUUCAGUAUCCAGCGCAAGAUAUACAGCUUUUCCACUUUAACAACGAUGAGGAAAGAAAUUUCUGGGAGAGUCUACCGGAAGAACAGCGACGUGACUUUUUCCAGAUUGAUAGCAAUAUGAUCAUGGAUAGGCUAGUGCAAAAGCUGAUACAUGGAAAUCAUCAUUCAUCAGCCCAUCAUGAAGCUCACGGAACUUAUAAAUGUUCAUGUCCGUAUUGCGGAAGAAACAGACAGCAUAUUGGACUUGAAUUGGAAAAUUCCUAUCGCGAUGAACUUGAUGAUAUCAUGGAUUAUGUUCAAAGUGUGCGCAAUCCAGAGGACCUUAGCCUUGGGAUGUACUCACUAAAAAGAGCAAUUCGCUUGCAUGGACAUGGGUCUUUGUCACCGCGUGGCGUUUCUGAAGAGUCCAGUCGCCUACUGAGUCCAGCUUUUGAAGAGGAACGAGAAAUUUCUGAAAUAUCUCGAGAAGCCCAGGUCAAAAGUCCUCCGCUUAGUAGCCAAAGCGAUGAGAACACUUUGAAUACACUAAAAUCACUCGACUCCAAUGGGACGUCCAAGGGCUCUUUUCCAUGGAACGAACAAGAUGAAGAGAUUCCAAAUUAUACAAGAAUUAUCAAACGAUUAUUGCCCACUCAUCCUGAGCUUCAGUCGGCAUUACCAACAUAUCUCAAUCCAUCAUUUGUUGAGGAACGUGUGAAACAGGACAUGGCGAAUGGUAUUGAUGUUGUGAAAAGAUCAGAACAGUAUUUUCUAAAUUUGCUUGCCCAAUGCAAGGGCGAUGAAAAAUCGGAGAAGAUACUUCAAAUGAUUCUUGAUUAUGGCCGUAACGGUCUGUCCGAUAUGAAGACGUCGUCGGAACUCCUCAGUAAUUUUGCUGACCUAAUCUUGCAAAACGAGGGUGGAUCAUUCGUUGAUAUGGUCGAUUCUUUGACAGAAGCUGAACACCGAUCAUAUAAAGUAGAUGAGAUAGAUUCAGAUGCAGAGGGUGCAGAGAAUCACCACUACGCUUUGAGAUUGCCUGAAGAGAAGGAGUAUGGAGAAAAUCUGCUACAUAAUCACUCCGAAACUACAGGGAACAAUGAUUCUCCAUCCAACAAUGAUUCUCCAUCCUUAAACAAUAUUCGUCAACAAAAAGACGCUUCAGAAUCUGAAGACCACCUUGAAGACCGACAAAAACGAAGUGAUGAUAUGUUGCAAACCAUGACGACCGAGCACAGCCCCAAAUAUUCACACGGUCAACCACUACGUCACGACAGACGUGCUUAUGACGACUACGAAGACGAGCAUGAAUGCCAACACGAAUUUGCUGAAAGCAAACAAAGUCAUGUCCAACAUGAGCAAAACUUUGGCCAUGAACAUGAGUUAAACGAUGAGAUGCAUGAUCACAUCAACGCCGGUGAUUAUGAACAAGAUGAAGAUAGUGACUUCGAAACUGAAGAGUCUCGAGAUGCGCGCUUGGAUGAAGUGCGCUGUUUCUUUUUGAUUCAAGUUGUUCAGGUGAUCAAGCAGAAGUUCUGGAAAGCAUAUCAGAAGAAGAUAUCUGAGGACCGGACACAAAAGUUUAUCGAGGAGCUCGAAGCAGAAGAAAAUGCCAAGAAGGAAAAAGAGCUCAAGAAAAUGAAGCAGAAGGAGAAACAGAAAGAGAAAAAACGAUUACAGCAACUUGCCAAGGAAGAAGAGAAAAGGAAGAAGGAGGCAGAAGAUUUACAGAAAGCAGAGGAAGCUAAAAAGAAACAAGAGGAAUUGCGGGCGGAGCAGUUACGUCGCAAAGAAGAACUUCGAAUCAAGAAAGAAGAGGAGAAAUUGAAAAAGAUUGAGGCCCUUAGGAAAAAGGAAAUUGAGCAACAAAAACGCCAAGAAGAGCAUCGAAAGUCUGCUGCAGUAUCUUCUAACAUAGAAGAUACUGAGAAGAAGGAAACAGCUGCUAAAGAGAAAAAGUCUAUUCAAAUUGGGAAAAGCCUGGGUUCCCAUCCAGGGACACCUCAAGAUGCAAGCGAAGUCGCAGCAGCAGAUAACCAGAAGAAAGAAAGCACAUCUGUUCAUGAACAAACUCAGCAAAGUGAUUCACAAGUAAACUCUACACCAUCUUGUCAAUCAAAUUUGAUAUCUGCAAUCUCUCAAACAACUCCAUUAUCUUCGUCCUUGAGGUUUGCAAGCAAUCCAACGACCUUGGCACCAGACUUGGCUGUGUCUCCUGUUCAGAAUCACUUGCUUGACCAGUUGUACCAAGCACGUCCACGUUCUGUAUCCGGCACAUCAGGUGUUCCCUCUCGUCCUUCGCCGCAACUAUUUGCUGAGGGAAAUUCAAUGGUUGGCUCGAUAUACUCGCCAACCAAAAGAACUUCUCUCACCUCUCAACAAGACACUUCUUACAGUACAUGGAAUGCACUCAGAGGAUCUGCCUCACUUCAAACUCAGCAGAAUCCAGCGUUCUUUAGUCCCUUUCAAGGACAAGUUAAUGGAUCUAAUGAAUGGAGCUCGACGGAUCCCUUUAGUGCUGUAAAUGUCCAAAGUCAGACUAUCAACUUGUCGAAUCAAAAUCUUUCCAACUCGAAUAUCGUGGGCCAAAGCAUUCCUAACCACAACAUUGGUGUAUCGCCGCAGAAUAUACCAUUUCAUGAUGGUGUGAACUUUCCAAACCAAUUGCCAAUUUCCUCGAAUUCGGUAUGGGCACCUGCUUAUGGGCCUCGCAGUAAUUCAAUUUGGAAUACUAGCACCAACAGUGGAUCAUUGUGGAGCAAUAACAACGUCGGAAAUGGACAGUUUUCACGUCUGUCUGACAUUCCGUCCGAGUUGAUUCUUGCCUCUACGAUAGAAGCAUACCAGGUUCUCCAAGCAUCUAAUCAAACUGUUUUUGGUAUGGUACCGGCAACUUCCUUAUUUCAAGUUGCGAAGUCACGGUUAGGCUCAGCGACAUUAGGUAUGGGCGAGUUCUUGGGAUCAUUGAGAGCUGGGGGUCAAAACCAAUUUGAUUUCGUCUAUGACGAUUUUGGUAAUGUGACGCACAUUAAGUUGGUUGCUACCGAAAGCCUUGUACAACCAUUGGUUGGUCAGGCCUCUAUUUCGCCUCAGCAAUCGACUGUGCCCACCCAGCAGCAGCAGACGUUCCAGAAUACUCUUCAACCCCAAGCGUCUCUCCAACCCCAAGCGUCUCUUCAUCCGCAACAGUCACUCCAAGUGCAGCAGGUGCCUCCUCCGCAACAGGCUUUUCAAUCUCUGGAUAUUCAGUCAGAAAUAGAUGCGCCGGCCUACAACUUGAAUCUUUCUGGUUCUGUGCAAGGGGUAAUCAACCAUCUUGGACUUGACCAAACGAGGGACGAGAUGUGGUAA